GGCAUGAUGCUGUUCUUAGGUAUAACAACAAUAACCGCUUCUUUAUUGGAUAUCAAGCCUUAUUUACACUUGCAAUUAGUUCCCCAUAUCACCCAAUAUCGUCAAUUAUGGAGAAUUCCCUUACACCCGUUUGCAUUUGCGAAUUCUACCGAGCUCCUCUUGGGUGAAAUACUUCUUCACAAUGUCAGUCGAGGGAUAGAACGAUCGUUCGGUCCUAGGAAAUUUGCUUCCUUUGUUCUCGUUUCGACGGUCAUCUCAGUUCUCUUCUCCCUCGCCGUGAUACUCGUUUUCCACAAACUCGGACUCAACUCCGUACCUGCGGGUCCGUACGGUCUCAUCUUUUCCUUACUAUGGCAGAAUUACAGGACUGUUCCGACUUUAUAUCAGUUUCAUGUAUUUGGCUUGAAUUUGUCAAGUAAUGCUAUGACAUAUAUUCUUGCAUCACAAUUGUUUAUCUCAAACCCUCCCGCCUCCAUCUUAGCCGCCUCAUCAGGUCUUCUCACAGGUCAUCUUUAUCGUCUCGAUACCUUACUAUCAUUACCCCUUCCCUCACAUCGAAGACGUUUUCUUCGUCCUCUCAAAGCUUAUCGUCUUCCACUUUCACUUCAUAUCCUUUUGUCACGCCUUUUUUCUCCUCUGAUAGGCCAAUCGGCUCCUCCAAGACGAAGCAAUCGCGUUCUCCCCGGUCAGACUCAAGGUACAGCUACAACCACUGCCGUCAAUCCACCAACUCGAAAUUUACGCAAUCUACUUGCUGGUCGACUAAGACCUUCUGCCCGAGGUGGGGGUCAAGUUCCGAUUGUACCACCUUCACCUGGUGAUGCACAGAAUAUACGCAAUAGAGAGAAUGUCAUAGUACCGGGAAGUGCGAGAGCGGCAAUGGGACAAUUUGUCACUCAGAUGACUGGGCCUGAACAACGAUUACCUUCAGAGGAAGAAAUCGCAGCAUUAACGGCGAUGUUCCCAAAUAUGGCAAGAGAAACGGUAGUUCGGGCAAUACAGCAAAACAAUGGGAAUACCGCUUUGGCAGUGGAGACGUUGUUAGAGGGGACAUGA